UUUGUAGAACAAUUUUAUACCGACUCGAUUAAACUCCAAAAUCAAUUCGAGUAACGCAUAAUUUUAAUAAUAAUACGAUUAAUUAACGCUGGAUCUCUGAGGAUAAUAGUGUUUGAAUAUUUUCCUUCAAACUUCGAAGUCCAAUUUCGUUACAGGUGUCUUCAAUCUUGUUUGACUCACAAUUAUAAUAUUUUGUACUCUCGGCUACUCCCUUCCACAGAAUCGUACCCACUCUCUAAUCUUCCCUCGAAGCUGCUCGGGAGCAUCGAGCAGUUUCGUUUCAAUCCCGAUGCAGAUGAAGAAUUCCAUUCAACUCAAUUUCCAACUCUGAUUGACUCUAUAAUCAUGUGGCAUUCCUUCUGGAGAUCCAGAGAUCGUUUUUCCUUGGAUCAACUUAGGCACUUAACUGAUCAAUUGACAAAAAUUCAAGCUGUUAACGAGGUUAAUAAGGAUUUUGUAAUUGAGGCUCUGAGAUCAAUUGCGGAGUUGAUGACCUAUGGUGACCAACAUGACCCGAGCUAUUUUGAAUUCUUCAUGGAAAAACAAGUAAUGGGAGAGUUUGUUCGUAUUCUGAAACUUAGUGAGACUGUUAAUGUUCCUCUUCAGUUGCUGCAAACAGUUAGCAUUUUGGUCCAGAACCUAAGGAAUGAACAUGCUAUAUACUAUAUGUUUAGUAAUGAACAUAUAAACUACCUGAUAACUUAUUCGUUUGACUUUCAAAAUGAAGAGCUGUUGUCUUACUACAUAUCUUUUUUAAGAGCAAUAAGUGGAAAAUUGAACAAGAAUACGGUUUCACUGCUUGUGAAGAUUCACGGUGACGAAGUAGUUUCAUUUCCACUGUAUGUUGAGGCCAUUCGCUUUGCCUUUCAUGAGGAGAACAUGGUUCGCACUGCAGUACGAGCUGUGGCCCUUAAUGUUUAUCAUGUUGGAGAUGACUCUGUAAAUAGAUACAUAUCCAGUGUACCUCACAAAGAUUAUUUCUCAAACCUGAUUUCAUUUUUUAGGAAGCAGAGCACGGAUUUAAGUAGGCUGGUCUCGCAUAAACUGUUAAAUCCAGGCGCAGAUUCAACCUCUACAAUCAUGGUUGCUAUAGAUGAAAUUGAGGACAACCUAUACUACUUUAGUGAUAUUGUCUCUGCUGGAAUUCCUGAUGUUGGUAGAAUAAUUACAGACAGCAUUCUGAUGGUUUUGAUAUUUCCAUUACUUCUCCCUUCUCUAAGGAUAGCGAUUGAUAAUGACAUGCAAAGUGGUGUUGUCACUUCUCUUUACUUACUUUGUUGCAUCCUGAAGAUAAUCAAAAUUAAAGAUUUGGCCAAUACCAUAGCUGCUGCUCUCUUUUAUCCCUUAGAGGCCUUUACAAAAAGUUCCGGGGGUAAAUUCAUUAUCCAUAUAUCUGAUUAUGGUUUCCCAUCUGAAUACCAAGUGGCAAACAACAAUAAUUUUACCAAGUUGGAUAUAAGACACUCAAUGUUUAAUGUUCCACACUCUUCUAGCUCUUCAGGUUUUCAUCCAGAAGAUAUUCUAAUGCAAAAUGAUUGUAACAAUUCAAAUUUCUCUUUAAGGGAGGUUUUGCUUGCAUAUGUAACAAAAGGAGAUGAUAUACAAGUUUUGGGUUCUUUGAGUGUGCUUGCAACUCUACUGCAAACUAAAGAACUUGACGAAUCAAUGCUGGAUGGGCUUGGAAUUCUUCCACAACGCAAACAACACAAGAAGCUCUUAUUGCAAGCUUUAGUUGGUGAGUGUUCGGGUGAAGACGAGCUUUUUUCUUCCAAAAGUAGCUUGACAAGGGACAGCACUGGCAGUGACAUUGAUGUUUAUCACAAGAAGAUCAAGGAUCAGUAUGGAGUAUCUUUUCAGUCUUUUGAUGUUGAAAUUAGCCCUCAUGUAAAUAGAUUGCAGGUGAUUGAUACAUUGGUGAGCCUUUUUUGCCGCUCUAAUAUAUCUGCAGAGACACUAUGGGAAGGUGGUUGGCUUUUGCGUCAGUUGCUUCCUUACAGUGAAUCAGAAUUCAACAGCCAUCACCUUGAAUUGAUGAAUGUUUCUUACAAAAACUGUGCUUCUGCUCUCGUAGAGGAGGUUAAAGGUAUCUGGUCCGACUUUGUUAUUUCCGUUCUAUGUGAUGAGUGGCGAAAGUGCAAAAGAGCAAUGGAAUCAUCAUCUCCUCCAAAAGAACCAAAUUGCGUACUUUUGCUUCCACAUCCACAUAAAUUAUCUUUAGAAGAUAACACUGCAAAGGAAUCAUCAUUUGCUGCUGGAGAAAGAAUGCACGAACUGGUGAAGGUAUUUGUGCUACUGCACCAACUUCAAUUAUUCACUCUGGGGAGAGCUUUACCUGAGCAACCUCCAAUUUAUCCUCCUGGUGAUCUUCCCGCAAAUUGCCGCGCCCAGACUUCUGAGCUUGAGGUUUCAGGCCCAAAGGCAGGCACUGAAAUCAGCCUAGGUAGUGCUGUGCCUUGUAGAAUUUCUUUCAAGAGCGGCAAGGAGCACCAUUUUUGCUUUCUAGCAAUCUCUUUAGGAACAUUUGGCUGGCUUGUUCUUGCAGAAGAGUUGCCAUCACAGAAGUCCCAUGGAGUCGUUCGGGCUGUUGCUCCUUUGGCUGGGUGCAAUCCCAGGGUUGAUGAUAAACAUUCAACAUGGUUACACUUGCGGAUCCGGUCAUCCUCUUUACCCUUUCUAGAUCUUGCCAAAUCGAAUGACUAUAGAAAAAUGAAAGCAAAAGGUCUGGUUGAUGGAAGAUGGACAUUGGCAUUCAGUGACGAGGAGUCUUGCAAGUCUGCUUUACUGAUGAUUGUUGAAGAGAUCAAUUUUCUGAGUGACGAGGUUCAUAGAAGACUAAAACCUUUGCUCAACCUUGAAACUGCAAUAGAUUUAUCAAGCUCGCAUGUAUCUGUUCCUGAGGAUUCCUCUAAUAGAAUACUUCCCAAAUCAUUGUAAGUUAUUUGGUUUGAUUUGCAGUAUUACUGUAUUAGGUUGUAUACUCACAGGAUGAGAGGCUAUCAAGUCUCGCCACCCUUUUGUAUAUUCCCCCAAAAUACAUAACCAGAUUUUAGAUUAGUAACUGGUUAGUGUGUCAUGCUAAAAGUCACCCAUUCUUUUGUAGACUAGCCUUUCCUUUCCUUGAUCUGUAACUUCAUCCUUUCCUCUUACAAGUGAGUUUUGGAACAAAUGUAAAUACGAGGGAACCUCAAACAAAAGUUAUUUCUCCUAUUUUAGUUUCUUUAUUUUCUUGUUUGGAAUGGCCAUUAAUUAUUUUGUAUAAAUAUGCGUGGAUGCAAAUCAUAUGGAAUAUACAAGCCUUUCUUUCUCC